UGAAUUUCAGAGGGCGCCAAACAGUCUGGCUGGUUUCGCAGCACUCUUUCUCACCAGGUGGCAACUCCUGCCAAAGGCACUGAGGCCACGCAUUUGUGGUGAACGGCGUUGCUAAAAUUAACAAUUGCUCGUCAAAAGCAAGAAAAGAAAAACUCGGGAAAUUGUUAAUUAAAAGCGUGACCCACAUCCAAACACUCAGCCGCCGGACGACGCCAUGACGUGGAAGAAGCAACUGGCCAUACUGGCCAAGCCCUACUACUGGGUGAACAUCCUGCUGGCCGUUUCCUAUCUGCUGGCCAAGAAGACCCAGUUUGUCUGCACCCGCCUGUUCAGCCUGCUCGAGGAGGACGAAGCCUGCGAUUUGGACAGUCGCGAGGUGGAGAUCCUGUUCUUCCUGCUAAUCGUUGUGAUGAUCCGGUCGCGCAAGACGGGCGCCGUCACCAUGAUCAACUACCUGUCAUCGUCGUUCCUGUAUACAAAGGUCGCCAACGCCAUCCUGUGGGCCUACGCAGACUUCCGCUACGGCCUGGGCUUCCUGCUGGUCUGCGUGCUCGUGGGCAUGGUGCUGCCGGAACCCUCGUACCGCGGCCCCGAACACAUCACCUACUUCCGGAACUCGCAGGUGUUCGAGGAGGAACUGGUCCGCGACAAGCGCACCAGCUGGCUGAUCUGCUUCUACACGGUGUGGAAUCCCAGCUGCGUCAACUUUGCCCCCAUCUUCGCAGAGCUCUCGGCGGAGUACAACACGGACCACCUGAAGUUCGGCAAGAUCGACAUUGGACGCUUCCCAGACGUGGCGCAAAAGUACCGCAUCUCGGAUAGCAGCUUCUCCCGCCAGCUGCCCACUGUGGUGCUGUUCCAGCAGGGCAAGGAGACUGAACGGCGGCCGUGCGUCGACAACAAGGGCAAACUGCAAAAGUUCUUCUUCUCCAGCGACAAUGUGCGCGCCACCUUUGGACUGAACCAGCUGUACAAGGAGGCAGUGGAGCGGCUGCCCGCUGCGCCCAAGGAGUCGAAGAAGGCACAGUAAAGACACAGCAUCAUCCUCUAGCAGCCACCUCAUCUCAUUUCUGCGUGCACGUGCUAAUCUAUGUGUUAUUUGUCUAGUUUUUAGUUUAUCUUAAAUUAUUGAGUCGGUUUGAGGUCGCUGCCACCGCCGGAGACACGUACAAUUGCACUAACAAUUGCAACGUGCACUCAUCGCGUUGCCAUUGUAUAAAUUAUUUAUGUAGCUUUGCAUUUGCAUAUUUAAUUUGUAGCUAAUAACGAGGUUACCAAAUAUAUUUUAACUAAUGUGAAAUGAGUUAACGAAAA